CGGUGGGAAUCUCUGCUCUUUCCCUCUCUAUGUUAACUUCCUUUACUGCUGUGCUCCUAUCACCAGCAUCCAGCUCAUGUUGUGGGAGGGGAUCUUUGUGUGCUUGAGUGUGAAUUCAUGUUAGAGACUCAACUCAGGUUGGCUACUAAAAGAAACCCUUGGAGAUUUUCUGAGGGGGCCCUGUAAAUACAUGGACUGUCUGUACUAAGGGCCCCCCCAGGCCAAGUAACUGCUGGAAAAAGGACAUAAGCACAGACCACACCAUGGUGGCUGAGGAGGUUAUCAUCACUCUAUCUGGAGGAGCACCAUGGGGCUUCAGACUGCAAGGAGGAAUAGAACACCAGAAGCCUCUGCAGGUUGCCAAGGUGCGUAAGCGAAGUAAAGCAUGUAGGGCCGGACUGCGUGAGGGAGAUGAACUGGUAUCCAUCAAUGAGAAUUCCUGUGGGAGUUUGUCGCAUGCCCAGGCCAUGAACCUGAUCGACAGCAUACCAGGAACACUACACAUCCGGGUUAGGAGGGCACUGGCUGGCUUCCAGUCGGUGGUUCUGGUUGCACGAGCUCCUUCUCCCCGCAUUGAUAAAGAGUACCGUGCUGCCCUUAGGGCCAUGUCCCCAUCCAGCUCUAGACCUCACCAGCCCAGUGUACGGCAGAUCCAUCGUGGGUCCCUAAUAUCCCUGACUGGACGCAGUGGAUUGACCUCUCCUCAUGGCAGCGAGGCCUACUACGGAGAAACAGACAGUGAUGCAGAUGUGGCCGCCCAUGAAAGGCAACGCAAGCCGAAAAGACGCAGUCCCAGCAAUUCACCCGCAAAGGCUGGUCGAGCUUCACCAGAGGGAGCCGAGACUUCUGAGAUGAGCGGGUAUGACAGUGCCUCAGAUGCCCAAGUGUACCAUCCUAUGGGGCCUAGUGAGAGGGGAGACACAUUGCCUGGCAUAGCCCACAGAGAGGUGAUUUACCAGCCCCCUCUGUCUGGAGCCUGGUCCUCACAGACAUCCACUGAGACCUCAUCCAUGAGUGCGGAUGACCAAAACCCACGAGAAGGGUUAAUGGAAGAGGACAGUGGGUUCCAGGAACCCACAAAUAUUCCUCCUCUUGUAUCUCCAGAGAGAGCCAAAGAAGCUCUUAUGCUGAGUUCUCGUAGUCAGUUGGUGCCCAUGGUUGGGCCAGUUGACCAUCCAGUGGAUGAGGAGCUUACAUUAACAUAUAUGGAUAAAGCAAAACAAGCGAAACUGAAUCGCGGAGAGACAAUCAUGGAUAAACAGGUGAAAGAGGCUCAAUCCAAGUGCCGCACCAUUGCCUCGCUACUGACUGAUGCACCAAACCCUCACUCAAAGGGUGUUUUGAUGUUCAAAAAGCGUCGACAACGCUCCAAGAAAUACACACUGAUCAGCUUCGGAAGUGUUGAUGAGGACAUGAGGCAGGACUCUCAAGAAGAGGAUGGUGUAUUUCCUGGUAGUGAAUCAGAAUUUGACGAGGAUGGGUUUUCUGCUGCACCUGAUUCCACUUGGGACAGUGACUACCUUGAGAUGCUGGAGAGAAGAUCAGCAUCCAGAGGUCUGGAAGGAGAGGGUGGAGGUGCUCUGAGUCCUGGUCUGAGUGAUACCUCAGGGAAGGGGGCACAGUUGUUUGAGCAGCAAAGGAGGAGGGCUGAGGAACAUGCUAAGAAGAUGGAAGCUGCUCAAGAACAGCUGCACAGCCAAAUGCUGGGCAUUGCACUGAAAGAGACGCAAGCACUUCAGACACAAAAACCACAACCAGACCCACUAACAAAGCCCAAUGUCCAGCCACCACCAGUUGCUCUAAAACCUGCCAGACCUUCAAAAACACUACACCAUGAAGUUCCACCAGUAGAAACACAAAUGAACAUUGACAGACAUCAAGUUAUCCCCACUAUCCCUGCUAUGGUUUAUGAAGAUACUUCAAACACAAUGACGCCAGCUCCCUCUGUGGUACCUAUAACUGAUCUCUUAGUAACACCCUCAGAAACUAUGAUGCCUUCACCACCAACUCCUCUACCAGAACUUCCUGCCAGUUCUGUGUUAAACCGAACCGCCCGACCUUUUGCCCCAGGCUGCAUUACCAAUCGGGCAGCCACUGCUCCCGUUGUGUUUCACCCUGCAGUCAGUAAGAAGACACCCAGACCUGUUUCAGUGGCUGUCAUGGGACCUCCAUUUUCAACAUUGUCAGAGAAGCAUGCCAUGGGGGUUUUACCUACCUCCAUUUCUACCCUGGUCACAAUGAGCCAACCAAGUCCUUAUGUACCUGCUGAAAUGAUACCCACACAGCCCUUCAUGCCUGGCAACUCUAUACCUCCACCUGCUACUGCACCAGUGGAAUCCUAUUCUCAAACUUCUCAUCACUUCUCCUCAGUGGAAAACAUUCAGGUUCCAUCAAUGCCACUUCCCAUAGUUCAAACCAAAGAACCUACUUUUCUUAUAGACACUGAAACUCCUGCAAUCCAUAUUGACACCACUGUGACCACUGUGGCCUCUGUUAUGCUUCCUGCCAUCCCUCAGUCCACUGCGAUACUAUCCCAGACCUCUUCUACUUUGACCCCUGCAGCUCCUGUGACCCCAUCCAGCCCAGUAACUCCACUUUCACCUGUGGUGUAUCGCGACCGAACUUCAGCCACUGGUGGCCGUACUGGUAUUCUUCAAGAGGCCCGCCGGCGUAGUGCAUACAAGCCUAUGUUUAAGGUGCCUGACAGCAAGAAGAACUCGCCAAACCCUGAGCUGUUGUCUAUGGUGCAGAACCUAGAUGAAAGACCCAGGCAUAGGUAUUCUGAACCUGAAAAUGUUGUCCAGAACAUGGAUGACAAUAGGACAAGGAUCCCACCACCUGUGGCUCCUAAGCCACGGGUCAUACCAGAAAUGUCAUAUAUCCCUCAGGCUGAAGGGAAAGGUGCAGAGCUGUUUGCUCGUAGGCAGAGUCGUAUGGAUUUUUUUGUUGUAGACUCUCCACCUCUACAGAAACCUCAAACUCUUGGGGCUCAACACUCCCAAUCAGUCAAGGAUCUCAUCCAACCACGUGAGCCCUCACCAACCACAUCCCAAUGGAAGUAUUCUCCCAACAUUCGUGCUCCUCCACCCAUUGGUUACAACCCCCUGCUUUCUCCCUCCUGUCCUAUCGGGGUGCAACGUGGAGGGGCCAAGGUGUCCGAGGAAAGCUCGAAAGGAAGUAAAGGUGGUUAUGUGUUCCCGAAAGAGGGUAUCAAAGUCUUGGACUUCAUGAGGAGACAACCCUACCAACUGAACUCAGCAAUGUUCUGUUUUAACACACAGCCUUCAACACCCUCCUACCAAAGGCAGCAGAGGGAGGGGCAUACUCUGACACAACCUAAGCAGAUCCCAGUGAAGGCGGCACGUGUUUAUGAAAUCAAACGAUUCUCCACUCCAACCCCAAUGUCAGCCCCAACUCUGAACCCUACAGUGCUUGUACCACGAUCACAGUCCACAUAUGGUGAGCAUCUAUCCCGUUCUGACAUGACAUCCCCACCCCCCGCACCUACUUCACCACCUCCACCUAAACCAGUACCGGAAUCCACUCCGGCCCCGGGCCUCCCAGAGCGCCCCAGAAUUUCAGCUGUGCCCAUCCCUCACCCAAUGCCCUACUCACCCCCAGCUCCCAUGUCAAGUAUGUCAAGCCUUAGUUACUCUCGGCUCCAAGCUGCUAAACAGUUUAAGAGUGCACCUGAGUUAAGUGCCCUACCACCAAACCCUUUAAAGUCUCCAAUUCAAGUUCCCAAACCUCAUUUUACUGCAACACGAGUGGGUAUUCAGCCCCUUGCCUGGAGGCCUGGAACCCUACCUCACUGACAAGAUUACCUUAUAUCGAAGAAGCUGAACCAUCUGCUUCUGUUCCCUUCUCAAAAUUCAUAUUUUUCAAAUUUGAUAAAUGUAUUCAUAUGCAUUUAAUAUAUCUUGAAGAUUCAAGGAAACUAUAUUUUUCAUAUUAGAUGAAAAGUGUUCACUGUUGGAGUCAGUGAUCAUUGAGGAAAGGAAAACAGAACAAUUCUAAAUUGUUAGUUAUGAAAACCAUUCUCUGUUUAGUGUUCAAUAUAAAAAUCUGUCUCUUUUAUUAUAUUAAAUAUGAUAUACUCAAUAUUAUUACAUUUUACAUUAAUUUUUGCUUGAUUGUUGUAGUGCUUGCAAGGCAUCACAGUUGUAAUAAUCCUCAAACAUUCUGGUUAGGGUUUGUUCUAAACCCCCAACACUAAAUAUUAAACCAUAAAUCUGUUCUUGUUUUUGGAAAACUUUAAACUUUUUAAGAAAUUUCUACAAUUGACUUACAUUGAUUGAAUGUUCAGUAUUCAAAAUGUAACUUAUAUUGAUGACAUAGCUGUAAAAUGUACAAAUUGAUUGUGGUUGGUCUUCUUUAUUACAACUAUUUGCAUAGUGUAUUGUUAUUGGUUUUUCUUGUAUGUAUUUAACCAUCUAUACUAAUGCAAAGACAGUAUGGGAGCUGCAUGGUCAUUCACACAGGAUUUGUUUAUAAAAGUUGAACAGGCAGAUGUCUACACAGACCAGCAAUCAAUAGCACAGACUGAACACAAAACAUGCCCUGUGUGAACAGCCCCUUAUGUGUUGAUUCUGAAUGUCAUGACAACAGCAAAGUGGCUUUGAGGCAGCAUUUCAUAUAUGCAGAACCGAAGCCUAAAACCUAAGCUUACCUAAAAUGGUAUUCAUCUUCAAAAUAUCCUCUUCUGCGUUCUGUGGAAGACAUUCAUUCAGAUUUUGAAUAAAUUAUGACAAUUUAUUUUUGAGAGAACUAUUACAGAAAACCACGUGUUUUGAUUUAUUUUUAUAUAAACGUGCUAAGUGGUCAAAUCAGCAAGUGUUAAAGUUAGGAAACGUACAGUGUUUGAAAGAGUCCUUGAGACAGACAUUUAGGCUAUCUGAGCACUGAAGCAGAUCUGUCAUGUUGAGAUAGGCAUGAAAAGUGCAAAGCUAGAACUGUACAGGAAUAUCAGAAGGUUAAUAAGCCAACUGGCUUUAUUGGAAUUAAUCAGGAUACUCAUUGUCAGAUGACAUAUUUGAAUGCUUUACAUAAUGGCUUUGAGGCUGAUGAUUCCUGGGAUGGAUUGUUGUAGAAUGUGUUCCCAAAGCCCUCAGAGAUAUGAGGCAAGUCUUAAGGAAAGGAAUCUGAGGUCUUGUAACACUCAGGAAACAAUGGAUGGAAGUACAAGGAAGAACAUCACAACAAUGUUUAUUAGAUUUACGGAGAGAACGAAUAAAUAAUGUUUGCUGUUUUGUAGGUGAAAAUAUAUAUAUUUUUUAUUUAGAAUAUGAAUAAUGUUGCCAAAGAUCAAGUAGAUAUGGUGUUUAACUCCUGAGCCAAGAUCUUGUUUAUUUUUCUUUCCCAUUAGUGUUAUUAUGUUUUAUUGUAUUAACUAUGCAAUUAAAGCUUUCAUUUGUUCAAUUGUCUUAUUUUGGCUAUUGUACAAAUCAUUAGAUUAAUGUGUCUUUGCAAAAUGAAUGUCUCUGAAUAGUGGGGUUCUUUUUGCAAUGCAUAUAAUGAAGAUCAGUUGAACCCUAGGAUGCUAGUAAAAGUGUCUUGUAUUUAUAGUACAAUGAUAAUACUGUAUAAACAAGUUUGAAUAAAAUAUUCCUGAAA